AUGGGUUUAAUCGUGGAUGAUGAUAACGACGGCGAACUUCUGAUUCCGCCGCCGAAUUUCUCGAUGGUCGAAGACGGGAUUUACCGAUCUAGGUUUCCUCAGCUUGAGAAUUUCCGUUUCUUAUCAACCCUAAAUCUUCGAUCCAUCAUUUAUCUGUGUCCUGAACCAUACCCUGAGGACAAUCUCAAGUCUCUUGAAUCCAACAACAUUAAGCUUUUCCAGUUCGGAAUCCAAGGCAAAACGGAUCCUCCGACUCCUAUGCCAAAGGAUACAGUGUUGAAUGCUCUUAGAGUCUUAGUUGAUGUUAGAAAUCAUCCAAUUCUCAUCCACUGUAAGCGCGGGAAGCACAGGACAGGUUGUCUUGUGGGAUGCUUGAGGAAAGUUCAAAACUGGUGCCUAUCAUCGGUUCUCGAGGAAUACCAGAAGUGCGCGGGAUUGAAAUGGAGGCAAAGAGAUUUAAAGUUCAUAGAGGAUUUCGAUGUGCUCAGAUUGAAGCAAUGUCUAUACAGCAUAAUCUAUCAGUACAAUGGCUAUGGUCUCAAGAGGAGAAAGUUGCUGUGUCAAGACGAGAAUGUUGUCCAAGACCAGCACAAACCUCAAGCCACCAAAGGGUGA